AUGCCACCAGACAGCGGAAAGAGACAAGUGCGCGUGCAGGAGCUUGUUGAUGACUCUGGAACCAAUCAUAAAGUCCUCUACGUGGCCAGAGAGAGUGAGAAGUUCUCCGAGUUCUCUGAAAACAGCGAGGGGAUGAAAUGCAAGAGUGAUAGAAUCCUGACGACGAUGGAGAUCGAUCCUCAGUUGCUCUAUCCAAGACAAACAUCUCAUUCCCUGCGCGCAAUCUUAAAAGACGACCAAAUGCAAAACGAUCAAGCUUUCGACAGUUUGGAAGUCAUUACCAACUCCAAAAAUUUAAACACACGGAACAAAGCUGACUUUAUCGAUACCUUUACUUUCGUCGAUCCAAAGACGAAAAUGAGUUGGUUUUACUACGUAUCGAAGAUCGAAACGACUACAGGAGCAUCAAUGGAUUCAUACGCGACAUCUUUCAAGCCGACUUAUGUCGUUGGUCGAACCUGCUCCGCUGAUGUUCACUUACAGUACGUCUCGGAGAUCCCUAUUCAAUGUGGCAGUUUCGACGAUAUUCUAGUGGCCAGUUUUGACGAUAAGCUCGGACUCCUCGUUCUUAAUCACAGGGGCGAGCUGUGCUCUUGGUCUGUGGAGUCCCUCGAGCACACUUUCAACAAAAUGUCAAAAUCCUGCUGGUAUCUUUUCAGCUGCGAAGACGACUUCGAUAAUUUUGACCAGUGUCCGACCGAGACAAAGCCACAAAGUAUCCAAACACGUUCUGAGGCACCCAUUGGAGAGCUUUUCGUCGAGCACAUCCAGCAUUAUAAAUCCCUAGGAAAAGAGCUGCAAGAUCGCUGCAGUAAAAAUAGCAACGCCUUUACGGAGGAUAUUCGGCGGACUACCAAAGAAACUAUCAAAGAUCUCAACAACUGCCCGGAAUACCACGAGAUGUAUAAAGACGAUAACAAAAUGACCAACUUUUGUCCGUUCCUUUACCGCGAUUAUCCUACGGUAAAGAAGGCUGAUAUGCCUCAGAUUAGUAAAGUUCCCUACAUUUGUGUCCCAUUCAAACCCUUCUCGGCAGGGAACUCAUUCUUGAAGAAAUCAAAGGCAAUGAAAGCUACGCCUGCAUAUGAUCUGAGCAAUAUCUUCAGGAAAAACUUUGAUGAGAUCGACGAUGAAGAUUUUAAAGCAAUUUUCAGACGGAUAGAAGAUAAACUCUCUAUAUUCAUUCUUAACAAGAACGUUAAAGACGUCCUUCUGUGGUCUUUCGAUGAUGAAUCCUUCACCUCUAACUCGCAAACUAAAGAAAAAUCACCUGCAACGCUGGUAAGUCCCGGCUCUGGAUCCAUUCGCGAUUUUGCGAUCAAAGAUAACAAUCUGUUCGCACUUACCGAUAACGACGUUACUGUGAGGAAGAUCCACAAUUGCGAGCAACACAAAACAUGUGGCGCUUGUCUGAAUAGCGAGUUCCCGUCAUGUGGUUGGUGUGCCAAACGAUCGCAGGGUCAGUGCACAGACAGAGCCACAUGUGAUGAGAUCGAUCGCCAAAACUGGAUCCCUCAGACUGGAACUUGUCCAGCUUUGGAACCCAGUAACAAAAAGUAUUUUUCUGCGAAUGAAAAGACAGUGGAGCUCAAGCUCUCUGUUUCUCAUGAUUUCACCAAUCUUCACCUUUGGAAAUGCGGCUUCGAUUCUCGCGAAACCAAUCUUACCUUUAUCGAUCGUGAUAGCGGUAGAAUAACAUGUGAUCUGCCGAAGAAAAAGAGUGACUUUCUCGGCCCAGCUGACGAAGAAGGCGUCAUCAAAGUGGAUGCCGUCAAAGUUUUAUUCAAUCGAGUACUCGUUGCCGAUACCAGUGUCAGCUUCUACGAUUGUACCGAAGUUGAUAAGAGAAAAAAAUGUACAUCCUGUUUGAGCCACAGUAACUGGCACUGCUACUGGAAUCGUCUGUCGUCAGAAUGCAGCGAUAAUGCGCCGCCUAAGGAAGCGAUGAUCGAGUUAGCCGAUCUUUGUCCGUCCAUUUCCGCGGCAGAAACGAUAGAGAAGGUUUACGCGCGCGAACGAAAGGAUAUUGCGUUCCAAGUGCACAACGAUGACGGAAACGAAAUCGGAGAGUGCCACCUAUAUACAGAAAAUUCGAAGACGUACACGACAGCCGAAGCUACUCGAGGAAGCAACAACCAGAUCAUUUGCAAAGACAUAAACAUGACAGUGACAAAUGAAGUCGAGGAAGAUGUCUUCAUCGAGUAUGCGACUAAAAACUACCUUUUUGAUUCCCUCGGUGAGAAAUUCUUCAUCAUCAAAGAUUGCGGUUACAAAAAUCCAACUUGUACGCAGUGCCGAGUUAGAGAUGGAUGCUCCUUUGUCAAUGGAAGAUGCGUCAGAGAAACUCCAGGGGUUGAACAAUCAGUUUGUGCGGCACCUAAGGUCAUUAGCAUUUCUCCCACUUCUGGGCUAAUUUCUGAUGAUCGCUCUGUAGCCAAGACACCGUUCGAGAUCGUUGGAGAGCAGUUGUUCGUUGACGCUAACGAUGUAGAAGUGAAAAUUGGGAAUUAUCGCUGUGAUGUUAUCAAAGAAGAGACAUUCUCUGAGAAGGAUUUCGAUGGAAAACGACUAUCGCAGAUAAAGUGUUAUGUUUCCACUCCAAUAAGCAUCGCAAAUGAUUACGAGAUCACCAUCAAGAGGAAUGACGGCUCGACAAACGAUUUCACCAAGGCAGAGCAAAAGAUUAACAUCAGCGAUCCAUCGGUUACGAAAAUAUCACCUGAGUUCGGAAUCGAAGCUGGUUACACUUGGAUAACAAUUCACGGGAAUUUCCUCAAUGCGGGUUCGUCACGCAAAGUCACGAUCGGCAAUCAAGAAUGUACGGAGCUUGAUAUCAGUGAAAAUGAAAUCAGCUGUUUCACUCCUGCAAUGAAUGACGGGAGGAAAAGCCAGGAUGUUCGGCUGGACAUUGAUGGGAGAAUAUUUUAUAUUUCUACUCCAUUCAACUACAUCGAGAACCCAGAAUUGUGGGAAAAGAAUGACGGAUUCGUGCACAUGUGCGAUGAUCCGCGUUCAUGCAAGCCUCUGACUGAUCUUAUUCCUACAUAUUUAUCUGGUGGCGGACGGAUUUGGUUUACUCUAGGUGGUCGCGACCUAUCUCGUAUUUUUGAGUCGCCUUCUUCCCUUCCCAUUAUAUUUGCUGAAGAAAAUAGAGACGAUGAAGACAUGACGAGUCAAUGCGAAAUUGGGAAGCUCCCGGCACCAGCUCCUCUCUCAAUCACCCACGAAGAAAAUGACGGACCACGGGCUGCUAAGCCAACUCCAGAGACGUAUGAUUUCUUCUGUGAGCUUCCACGGACGCAAGAAACGCGACGAAGAAGGCGCUCACUAGAGCUACAGACAUUAACCAUACAAUUUGAUGGAUGGUCUCAUAAGUUGUCUGACAAGCUUGACGUCUAUGAUAAACCUGAGUUUGUCCUGACGAAGGAUGAGCGGGAAUUCGCUAAGCGAUCAUUCGAAACAGUAUCCAUUUGUUUCGACUCAACUGAAGCGGAAGCUAUGUUCAGAGAACACUCCUGGCUCUCCACCAAGAUUUCUAUCCCCGAGGAAAAUAUCGAUGAUCUCGUGCUGAACACUGUGAGCCAAUCGAACGAAACAUGUGCCAUUAUCGAGUUCAAACUGCCUGACAACAUCGAAGAGGAGACUUUCAAUCAACGUCUGUUGACUCUAAGGGCCCGUUUUGGAACUGUGGAAGCAAAUUUUGCUACUCUAAGUGUCUCUCCGAAGCUCUCCGUGGCAACAAUGUCCAUCUCCAUUAUCAGCAUCUUCGUUUUUAUCCUUAUCAUCGCAGUCAUUGUUUAUCCGCUUUACAACAAGUAUAGAGCGACGCAGAAGAAGCACAUGAGUCUUGAGAAAAAGCUCCACGCAGUUGAAGAAAAGGUCUCCGCUGUCGCCAAGAGGGCUUAUUUUGAGCUAUCCAUGGAGCUGCCGGAAAUCGUUGAGGAUAACGCUCAAAUGCCUGUGCAAGACUACUCGCGCUACAUCAACAACGUUCUUUUCCCGAAUCCAGGCGAUGAAACUCCUCCUCGUCAAUAUCCCGAAGCUAGUCUUCUUCAAUUGAAAAAGCUCCUGGACAAUCCAACUUUUACUCAAAAAGCACUACGGGCUAUCGAAACCCAACCGAAGUGCACAUCGCGUGAUAAGGCGAAGAUCGCAGCUUACAUCAUGUCUAUCUUUGCUGAUAAUCCUCAGUUCAUCACGAAGCUCACUUUCGAUUUGGUCGACACCUACUUGAAGGACUCAGUCGGAAGAACACCGAAGCUUGCCUUUAGAUUCUCAAACGCAGUUGUUGAACGAUUGCUUGGGCAUUGGAUGCAUCUGACGCUGUAUGACUUUUUGAAUAGUGAUACAGGGCGAUCGCUCUGGGUAUUGCUUCGAGCUAUCAAACAGCAAGGAUGGAAGGGACCAGUUGAUGCGGUGAAGGGACAUGCGCAAUUCACGCUAACAGAGAACCGGUUGCUCAAGGAAGAUAUCGAAUUUACACCGAUGAAACUCUCUGUCAUUCCUCCUGAAGUCCGUGAAGAUACCAGCGAGCCCUCCUAUGUCUUCGUCCAGAUUCUUGACUGCGAUACAAUCACUCAAGUGAAGGAGAAAUGUAUGGACGCCGUUUAUAGUAACAUUCCUUACUCAAAAUGGCCGAGAUCCGAGGAUAUUGCGUUGGAGUUCCGAAUUAAGCGCGUCAAAGUUCCUCUUGUUGAGGGUCAGUCGCAGCCUGAUGCAAGUAAUAGGCAUCGAUACAUGACCGUGAAGGAUUAUAACAUCAAGGAAAAUAAUGUGAUUGCAAUGGUGAGGAAACUAGUCCACGAGUCUACGUCAUCCGAUAUGCUUCCUCACGAAACAGAUACGCAAGAAACUGAUCCUCUUAGAGGAGCUGCUGAUCUUGGUGAUACUUACCAUCUCGUCAAGCCUGGCGAUGAAGACCUAGAGUCGCGGAACCGUCAAUCAAUGGUGGAUCCCGAAGUCAACAACCUUGUCAGCGAUUUGUACCUCCAACGGCUCAUCACUUCAAAACACAUUUUACAGCCCUACGUUGACAUGUUCUUCAACUACAUUCUGAUCGACGAGGCGAACACUUCUGUUCCGCCGCCGAUCAAGUAUCUCUUCGACUUCUUGGACAAGUCUGCGAGGAACACUGUCCGCCAUGGAACUAUUACGUCACAGUCGAGCGAUAUUGAAGAUGCGCUGCCUUAUUGGAAGACAAACUGCCUCAUUCUUCGCUUCUGGGCAAAUAUCAUGAGCAACCCGACGUUUUUCCUUGACGUACCAGUUCCAGACUUAGUGAGUCCCUCCGUGACUGUAGUCCUCUCGACAUUGAUGGAAUGCGGACAAGAUCAAGGCCCGCAAGUUAACGACCAGGAUCCUGUAAAUAGAAUGCUCUUUCAAAAGACGAUCAACCAGUACCGCGACAAAGUGCGCAAAUUCUACCGAAAGGUGCAAGACCUACCGCCAGUCUCACAGCCCGAAGUCGUCAACUACAUCGAGACCGAACUGUACAGUAAUUACAAAGCGCCCAAAACGGACAAAAACGCCUCGCUAGCUUGCCUAUUAAAUUAUAUUGCCAAAUUUGAAAGCCAGAUCGCCAGUAAAUUGGAAGACGACCUGGGCGACACUCCAGAAGUGCAGAAACUAAUCGACCAGAUGAGCAGAAUCUGCCGCGACUAG